AUGAAACUAAAGCAACAUUGGAAAAAUCCACCACCCAUCACUCACUGGACCCCAUCCAACACCAAUCACUGCUCCUGGCCUGAAAUCACCUGCACUCGCAAUUCCAUCACCCGACUUUACCUCAACAACACCAGCAUCUCCCAAACAGUCCCAUCCUUCAUUUGUGACCUUAAAAAUCUAACCCUGCUGGACCUGAAUUACAACGAUAUUUCGGGAGAAUUUCCAAGAGUUCUCUACAGCUGUUCUAAGCUUGAGUAUCUAGACCUCUCUAAGAACUACUUUGUUGGUCCCAUACCUGAUGAUAUUGACAGCUUGUCUCAGCUCCGUCACCUCAGUCUAGGCUCCAAUAACUUUUCACUCGACAUUCCUGCAAGUGUUGGGAACUUAACGGAGCUUCGGGUGCUUCAGCUUUAUCGGAAUCAGUUCAAUGGUUCUUUCCCACCUGAAAUUGGCAGUCUGCACAACCUUGAAAUAUUAGAAUUGGCAUAUAAUACAAAAUUUGUGCCAUCAAAGUUGCCUUCAAAUUUCUCGCAACUGAGAAACCUGAAGACUUUGUGGAUGACUGAAUCAAAUUUGAUUGGUGAAAUUCCUGAAUCUAUUGGCAAUAUGACUGCUCUUGAGUGGCUUGAUAUAUCACAAAAUCGUUUGAGCGGGAAAAUUCCCAGCGGUGUUUUCAUGCUGAAGAAUUUAAGAAUUUUAUAUCUUUACAGAAACAUGUUGUCGGGGCAGAUUCCACAGUUUGUUAAUGAUUCAUUUACACAAUGGUUUUACUGGGAAAAUUCCUGUGGGUUAUGGACGGCAUCAAAUUUAUCGCAUGUGCAGAUAGGUGAUAAUAAGUUUACAGGUGAGCUUCCUGAUAAAAUGUCAAGGAACUCUCCCUUCUUGAGAUCAGCACAUAUGUUUUCUGGUAAAAUUCCGGCUGGAGUGAGAGCUUACGGCAAGAGAGAAAAUCGACUGAAUACUACAUCGGAUAUGAAGAUGACUAAAUUCCAGGAUUUGAAUUUCACAGAAAAUGAUAUUCUGACUAAAGUGAAGAAGAAAACUGAUUGGAAGUGGUGGUUCUGGAGAAGUGUACCGUGUUCCUGUAAUAGUUCGGGUGAUGUUGUUGCCCCUGGAUCUUUGGCUACAUCAAAGAAUCAGUCAUCAAUUCCUUCUGCUCUGCCUCAGUGCAUCAUCCUUCCUGGACUGCCCAAGGAUACAGAUUGCAGUGGGGGCGCCCAGGACUUGCUACAUGCAUCAUUACUGCUCCCCGCCCAUCGUCCUCGAGAUGUGAAAUCAAGCAAUAUCCUGCUGGAUUCGGAGUUCAAUUCAAAAAUAGAGAUUUGGUCUAGCUAA